AUGGUGAGGCCGUCCGGGACCGCCGCCGCCUCCGCCGGGGAUCGCCGCCGCCUCCCGGAUCACCGCCGCCGCCCGUGCGGAUCAGCCGUGCCCGCAGCCUCCGCUUUCCCCCGGCUCGCCCUGCCCGGGAUCACCGCCCCUGUGCCGAUCAGCCCUGCCCGCAGCCUCCGCUUCCCCCGGCUCGCCCUGCACGGGAUCACCGCCCCUGUGCCGAUCAGCCCUGCCCGCAGCCUCCGCUUCCUCCCGGCUCGCCCUGCCCGGGAUCACCGCCCCUGUGCCGAUCAGCCGUGCCCGCAGCCUCCGCUUCCUCCCGGCUCGCCCUGCCCGGGAUCACUUCCGCGGAGGGCGGGGAGCGCCGGGCCCGGCCCCCGGGAGGAACCGGGCAGCGCCGGAGCGGGGCGGCCGAACGGGGCGCGCCGGGAGCUGCGGCUGCCGGGCGGUGCUCGGGUGGGCAUCGGGCACAGCCUGCACUCGCUGCUGUUGCGGGUCUCUCCCAGCCCCGGUGUUUCUGUGAUUCCGCGGCCGUUCCAGGAGCGCUGCUCGCGGCCCGGGGCGGCUCCGGCGGCGGGCGGGGCGGGAGGCGGCGCGGCCGAGCGUGACGGGGAGGGCGGGAGCGAGCGGAGCCCGCAGCGAGCAGCGACCGGGCCGCCGCCGCCUCCGCCUGCGCAGCGCCCGCACCGACCCCGCAGCGCCAUGGCGGCCGCGGCCGCCGAGCCCAGCACCGGCCGCUACCAGCAGCUGCAGAAUGAAGAGGAGCCGGGCGAGGCCGUGCCGGUGGUGAACGACGCCCCUCCGCCCUACAGCAGCAUUUCUGCAGACAGCACAGCUUACUUUGACUACAAGGAUGAGUCAGGGUUCCCGAAGCCGCCGUCCUACAACGUGGCCACCACUCUGCCCAGCUACGACGAGGCCGAGAGGAGCAAGGCUGAGGCCACCAUUCCCCUGGUUCCUGGCAGGGAUGAUGACUUUGUGACACGGGAUGACUUUGAUGACACUGACCAGCUGAGGAUAGGAAAUGAUGGCAUUUUCAUGCUGACUUUCUUCAUGGCAUUCCUCUUCAACUGGAUUGGAUUUUUCCUGUCUUUCUGUCUGACUACUUCAGCUGCAGGACGAUAUGGGGCCAUUUCUGGCUUUGGUCUGUCUCUUAUUAAGUGGAUCCUUAUUGUCAGGUUCUCCACCUAUUUUCCUGGUUACUUCGAUGGCCAGUACUGGCUUUGGUGGGUCUUCCUUGUACUAGGUUUUCUGCUGUUUCUCAGAGGAUUUAUUAAUUAUGCAAAGGUUAGGAAGAUGCCAGAUACGUUUUCCACUCUUCCCAGAACCAGAGUUCUCUUUAUUUACUAAAGAUGUUUUCUGGCAAAUGUCUUCCUGCAUUAGAGAAAUCCCCCCCAAGAAGCAGCAGGACACCUGCAGGAAGUGAAUCAAGGCUCUGGAGCAGAAGAAAAAAUAAUCACCUGCUUUAAAAUAAAUAAAUAAAAGUACUGUUGGAAAAAGAAAAAAAAAAAAAGGA